AUGGAAAAUCGUAUGAAUAAAAUGAAUCGAAAUCCUCUCUCUUUGAAUGAAUUUACAUACGAUUUUUCGGGCUUCGAGCGAACUGUCCACGAAGGCGUGCCUUUGAUCAAUAUAACAAAAUUAGCAAAAACCAACAAAACCUCCAAAACAAAGACCCACAAUGCAUACCAACCGACAAAAUAUGCUCCUGUAGAGUAUACUAACCCAUCUCACUCAGCAAAAUAUGUUGAUUAUUUGUGGGCUGUGAAAUUCUUGAGCUCUCGUGAUAAUGUUCAGCAGGAAGAGUUUUUGCAAUGGGUGGCUGUUUGUUUGUUUCAACAAUUAGAGUAUGGGAGUUGUCAACCUAUCACAAUUAGUGAAAACAACUCUUCGACCAGUACUAUUGAUGAUUCUAACAACAUUGAUGUGCAUUCUAGUUUUGGAUUGUCUUGUUCAAACUGUGGACAUUCGCAUAUAACAGGGAAAUCAAUCUCUAAGAAGAGAAUAUGGUCUCUCACUGAUUCCACUUACAGAAAUUCUAAAGUAAUGGCUUACAUGAACACAAUUCAACAAAUGUUUUCCGUCAGUGGUGUUAUCAUGAUUGAAGUGUUGGCAUUAUAUUUUCAAAAUUUUCUAGCACACUUUUUGGCUUUGUUGAGUUAUGUUGUUCUAAAACCAGGUUCUGAAAUUGAACGAGUUGUGUCUCGUUAUAUUACAAUCCGUCAAAAUUUUUUUGCUCAAAUUCCAGACGUGCGCAAUGCUAAAGAAGAUAUUCUAUUGUUAAAAGAUUUCAUGUUGUUGAGUGAUGAACGGUAUCAACACUUCGUAGACUAUGUUCAGUUGAAGGGAUUUUUACCUUGCUCGGAAACAUUAUAUAGAUGUAGAAAAGAAAUUAAUACUGCUAUCACUCAAAAAUAUGAAAUACAAUAUAAUGGUGUGCGUCUUAAUUGUAAUUUCCUUAAGGUAUUGCAAGACAUGCUAAUAAUUCAUAGAAAUGAAUGCGAGAGAGCAAAUGUUAAUCCUCAAAUAGGAGUUUUGGAGUUGAAAAUGGUUAUUGACAAAGGAGCCAAUUCAUUCCUAAUAGGUGCAGUUGGUCCUUUAAAUUUGAUAUUGUCUCCCCAAAGCAGACAUUCGUAUGUAUCAUGCGUAGCGUUGGAUGACGAAGAGAGCAAAGAAAAUUCUACAUCUAUAUUUAAGUAUAUGGUAGAAAUAUUGAAUGCAUCUAUAAUGAUUUUACAUCCUUUCAUAUUUGAUGUUGCUCAACAAUUACCCCUUCCAAUAAUAGUAUAUUUGACAAAUGAUUUAAAAAUGGUAGGAUUAGUAACAGAUUUGAAUGAUGAUGACUGUUUCUGUCCAUAUUGCAAAUGCAAGAAACAUGAAAGACAUCUCUUUGAAAAAGAAUGUGAAUAUCGUUGCUUAAAGUAUCACACUAAUCCAAAAUUCAAUAUUGCAACUCUCCCGUGUUCUCUUCACUUGAAAAUAAGAGUUGUUUGUAAUUUGAUGUUACAAGUAUUCCUAAAACAAAAAUCGUUCACAAUUUGCAAAACCAUCCAACAGAGAAUUAGUGAGUUACCACAUUGCUCUCAAUUUAAAUAUAGAAAUACACAAGUGGAAGAUGAUGACAAUGAUGAUGUUGUUGGAGCUAGGAGUGACCAAUUUUUGCCAGAUCUGCCAUAUUUGAAUGGACCCAAUAGUUUAAAAGGAAAUGUAGAAGAGUAUUUUAAGCUCAAAUUAUAUUGCAAAUGGCUCGGAAUGCUAUUAAUUGAUACAUAUCCAACAUCUAAAUUUGCGUAUUAUAUUCAUAUAUUAGUUAAGCACGUAGCAAGUUUGAUUUUCAUGCACGGACCACUCAUCAGGUUUGCUAAUCAAGGAAGUGAAAAUAUUCACGCUGGUCAUAUUCUUGGAGUGGAACGAGCGACAGCAGCAGGAGGAAGGGCAAAAGAAGAUAACAAGAAGACUCCUAUGGAACAAGUGGUAUUCCAAGAGUUCCGAAGAAUAUAUUUAACAGCCCAAAGAGACAUUCCUUGGCAAUCGAAGUUAAAUGAUACAGUUUACGUUACAAGUUGGAAAUCGGUUUCCAAUGAAUAUGAAAUUUUACAGAGAUUGGAGCUGGCUCAAGGUGAUGCGUGGAAAUCUGUGUUGCGCUUGAUGAUAGGUGUUACUGAUGAAAACAACAUACAAUCAACAGAAAGGUGGUCACAGCAAUCUUGUAAUUUUUUUGAAAACGAGUUUUAA